GAUUUGCUUUCCCUAAUUCCGGGGAAAUACUGCAAAGAUGUUCAAGCAACUCAGUGUCAUGAAACUACUAUUGCUCUUUCUCCUUUCUGUUGUCCUAGUUAAAUCUGAGGAAGCUGCAGACUAUGAUGAAGAUGAGGGAACUGUUGCACCAUUGACCGAAAGUAAAGAUCAGACCGUGGAUGCACGAGGUCACAGACCACUGAACAAGCAACGGGAGCCAAUUCCAACCCUCAGACCAGCUCCUCUUCCUCCUGUUGGUGGUAUAAGGUAUCGAGCUCGUCCAACCAAAAAACCUGUUACUGGCCAAAAGCCAGGGCCAGUUGUUUAUCCUGAUAGUGGAGGUUGCAAACACUUGGCAGAGGAACUGGGUGUAUUAUGUCCAACUGGUUGUGAGCUAAGAACUGAACUGUUGAAGCAAGAAAGCACAGUGAAGCCAACUGUUAGGGAUCUCAUGGACAAAGGACAGAACCUACAGCAGUCUUCUACAACUAUCAAUAAUUAUGCCCAUUUAUUGGAUGAACGUUUAGCCAAAAGACAGAAACAAUACACAGAUAAUCAGAAUUUAAUUUCCCAAUAUAACAGACAACUUGAGGAACACUACACUUUCAUCAAAGAGAAAUUAGACAGCAAUAUUCCAUCUACUCUACGACUUCUUCGUUCAGUUGUAGAUACCUUGAACAAAAAAUUACAGAAACUAGAAAAUGCUAUUACAACACAGUUGUCUGAAUGCCAGACCUCUUGUACAGUUUCUUGCAAUAUCCCAGUAGUGACCGGCAAAGAGUGUGAAGACAUAUAUAGGAAAGGAGGUGAAUCAUCUGAGUUGUAUCUUGUUCAGCCUGAUCCUUUCUUUAAACCAUUCAGAGUGUAUUGUGACAUGACCACAGAAAAUGGAGGUUGGCUCCUUAUUCAAAACCGCCAAGAUGGGAGUGUUGGCUUUGGAAGAAAAUGGGAUGCAUAUAAAAAGGGAUUUGGAAAUAUUGCUUUCAGCGGCGGAAAAAACUACUGUGACACCCCAGGUGAAUAUUGGCUUGGAAAUGACAAAAUUAACCAGCUUACCAAAUUAGGGCCUACUGAACUUUUAAUUGAACUGGAAGAUUGGGAUGGUGCUAAAGUUAAAGCCAUUUAUGGAGGCUUCAGUAUUCAGAAUGAAAACAACAAAUACCAGCUCUCCAUUAGUAACUACAGGGGCACAGCUGGAAAUGCACUUUUAGAAGGAGCUUCACAGCUAUUUGGUGAAAACAGAACAAUGACAAUCCAUAAUGGCAUGUUCUUCAGUACUUUUGACAGAGACUAUGAUGGAUGGACUAACCCAGAUCCCAAAAAGCAGUGCUCUAGAGAAGAUGGUGGUGGCUGGUGGUACAAUCGUUGUCAUUCAGCCAAUCCAAAUGGCAGAUACUAUUGGGGAGGACAUUAUACCCCAGAAAUGGCAAAACAUGGAACAGAUGAUGGAAUUGCAUGGAUGAAUUGGAAAGGGUCCUGGUAUUCAAUGAAAAAAGCGAGCCUGAAGAUGAGACCAAUUUCCCAGUCCAAUUAACAGUGAUUAUUUAAAUGAAUAAUUGCAGGUUUCUCUGGUCACAUCUGUUUCAUGAUACUCAACUUUUACUUUGCAUAAAAACAGUGAAGCACAAUAAACCAAUUCUUCCAUGAUGAUUUCAUUAAAUGCAUUUUGAUGAAAAUGGAAAGGCUAUGCUGGAAAUAAAUCUACCAACCCAUUAAAACAAUUUGCUACUGUUAUUUGUGAUGUACAGAAGGGCAUAGCUGAAACCUACCUUUUGCAUGAUUAAUAUUUUAUCCUAGUUUCUGCUCUGCUAGCUUACUGAAAAGUAGAUUCAUAGGCAGGUACAAGUGAGUUUUUGUCUCACAUUUUGUUGAAAAUGCUUAAUAAAAUAAGCCAAGUCCCAUGGACAGGAUGUUUUGUCCUUCUAGCUUCCUUCUGAAUGUAGUAUGUAAAUAUGAUUAUUCAUCUUUUUUAAAAAAAAAUUGUCACGUCUUUAAUUUUAUAUUGUUUUCAUAGCUGAUUUUUCUAAUUUCUUUUUAAUCGUUAAAGACUGAAACUUCUCUUCUGGACUUCAGACCACAACUAGUCUCAAGCCCUACAAGGCAUUUUGGAAGAAUAUUAGGGUUGGUAGAAUUAUACUAAAGUAUAAUUGUUAUACACAUCAUUAGGUAUCUGCAGGUCUAACUGUAAGUGGAUUCACUUCUGCAUACUUUUUCUGUAAAGUCACCUUGUGGUUUCAAAUACUUGUGCAAUUAUUUAAGUUCUUGGAGUGUGCGAGACUAUUAAGUAAAAAUGAUACAUUA